CCGGGCAGUGUGGUCCGUCCUUAAGGCCGCUGCCCGCCCGGGAGGCGCUGCAAAGUCAUCGGCCACUUCCGCGCCGCCUCGCAACCGCCCGCGGCUCUCUUUCCCGCUGGAAAACCCUGCUCGGACGACUUCCUUCCCCGGACCCUGGCUCAAGUUCGGUGCGAGGCUGCUGCUGCGGGAGCUCGGCCACCCGACGCUGGACAGAGCGAGCGGAGAGCCGAUGACUAGAGCACCUGAGAGUAAGAAUUCCAAUUAGGAGAAAGUCGCUUCAUCUUGCGCUGCCUCUUUCCCUCAACUCUCCGGGCUUCACUUCCAGUAUCCUUCGUGUUUCGAAGAGCAAAGAUCAUGGACACAUUUCGGGGGAUGGUGAUGUUUGAGGACGUGGCUUUGAACUUUACCUGGGAAGAGUGGCAGCUCCUGGAUGAAGAGCAGAGGAGCCUCUACAGAGAUGUGAUGCUGGAAACCUACAGUCACCUGGAGUCACUGGGACAUUCACUCCCCAAACCAGAAAUGAUCAUCAAGUUGGAGCAAAAGGCAGAGCCAUGGGUGGUCGAGGCCCCAAAACAGCAUUUCUCAGAGUUUCAGCAUAUCGAUGAUAUGUUCGAGCACCGCCAGGAAAAUCACAGUAGGCUUUUUUGGCCCAGUCUCUUUACCGAACGGAAAACAGCAAUAGAGGAUAGAAUGGGCUUCGGAAAUGCUUUUGAUUUUAGCUCAGUUUAUGUUCCCAAACCCAUGCUGAAUAACGGAAACUGCCCUGUCCUCAUACCUGAGGCGUAUAAUGUCUGUGAGAACAUGUUUCUCACCAUUGACCCUGAUGAGCUGUAUCCUGUACAGAAUCAUGAGGUUCACACAACUAUCUACAAUAAUAUUUUUACUCUCCCGGAAUAUUCAGAGAUACACACAGGUGUAGGAACUCACGAGUGUCAGAAGAGCAGUCAGUUGUCAGCUCUCAACAGACAUCCACGAACACACAUGAGGGAGAAAAUUAAAUACAUAUGUUCAGAAUGUGGCAAAACUUUAUCCCAGAGACGAGGACUCCUUCAACACCAGAGAAUUCACACAGGCGAGAAACCCUAUGAGUGUAAAGAGUGUGGGAAAACUUUCUACCGGAAGUCGGACCUCACUGUCCAUCAAAGAAUUCACACAGGAGAGAAACCCUAUGAGUGUAAAGAUUGUGGGAAAACUUUCUCCUGGAGGAAAGGACUCAUUUUACAUUACCGAUCUCACACAGGAGAGAAACCCUACGAAUGUAAGCAAUGUAGGAAAACUUUCUCUUCAAAUUCAUCUCUCAAUGUUCAUCUGCGAAGUCACACAGGAGAGAAACGCUUUGAAUGUAAAGAAUGUAGGAAAACAUUCUUCUUGAAGUCCUACCUUGCUGUACACCAGAGAAUCCACACAGGAGAGAAACCCUUUGAAUGUAAAGAGUGUAGGAAAACGUUCACCUGUAAGGCAUAUCUCACUGUGCACCAGAGAAUCCACACAGGAGAGAAGCCCUAUGAGUGUAAAGUGUGUAGGAAAGCUUUCUCCUGGCGGAAAGGACUUAUUCUGCAUCACAGAGCUCACACAGGAGAGAAACCCUAUGAAUGUAAGGAAUGUAGGAAGACUUUCUACCGGAAGUCAGAUCUCACUUUGCAUCAAAGGAUUCACACAGGAGAGAAACCCUAUGAAUGUAAAGAGUGUGGGAAAACUUUCUCCCGGAAGUCAUACCUUAUUUCACAUUACAGAACCCACACAGGAGAGAAACCUUACGAUUGUACAGAAUGUAGGAAAACUUUCUCAAGGAAGUCCCAACUCGUUGUCCACCAGAGAUUUCACACAGGAGAGAAACCUUAUGAGUGUAAAGACUGUAGAAAAACAUUCUCCUGUAAGGCGUAUCUUAAGGUGCAUCAGAGAACUCAUGCAGGAGAGAAAUCCUAUCCGUGUUAUAAUGUGGAAGAUCUCUCUCCUGUCAGGCAUACAUCGUUGUACCUCAGCGAAUACAUGUAGGGGAAUAAUCAUGGGAACAUGAUUUAGAAUGUAGGAAAACUUUCCCGUGGAAGUGUCCCUGCAUUCUUUCCUACAGUCCUGAUUUUCUAGCCGAAAAUUCACAUUCAAAAGAAACUUUGAAUCUAAUGAAUGAGGGCGAGCUUGCUCAGAAGUCAAAGACACAACAAGAUGAGUUAGUGAUACAAGGAACCUAGAAAUCUGUUAGCUGGAAAACUUCCUGCCUCAUUAAACAGACCUGGAAAUACUCCACCACUUUUUAAGUAGAUAGGAGAGAAAAUAGGACUACCGACUUAUGGGAAACAUCUCAGUUUAUGUUCAUCUAUAUAUUUGAGUUCUCCCAACUCAUGGUUUCUUUUGUCGCCAAAUGACAUUCAUUAUUAAAACUGACACAGAAUCUUCUCAGAAAUUCCUGAAGGUGAAAUCCUUAGCCAUUUUUUGAUUGAGGUACCAAGAGUUACUGCUAAUCAUGCUUAUCGUGCAUAUUUCAUUUGAGCAACACACCCAUCACCAGAGCCUGCUUCUUUCUACCGUGACCCAAGGACCCCUCCUAGCCACACAUCACUAUGUAUGCUCAGUUCUGUAGGCAAAAUCUUUAGUUCCAAGGAUAAUUUUUGUAAAUAAAAACCAAUUAAAAAGCCUCAGGACUUGAAAUAUAAUUGCCCCUUUUUAUUUUAUUAGAAGUAACAUGGUUAGGAUAGUGUUAACAUGAAUAUUUGUAGUAUACAAGAUUACUGCAUGAACAUACAUGUCUAUAAUAUUUCUCUAUUAGAGUCAUAACUUUGUCUAUCCUGUGUGUUGGCCAGGAAUUAAAUCAUGUCAGCAGCAGUAUCCGACUUUAUUGUGAUAAAGUUUUAUCGUGUAGAUUUACUAAAUAAGGACAUAAUUUUGCUAAAAAGAGAAUGCACCAAUUGGGCUUACUUUUGAAUCUGAAUUUAGGUCUCUAGAUAAAGAUGUACCUAUGUCACAUAGAAAGUAAUACUUGUAAGAAAAGAAAAAUGAUAAAAAUCUCUUUGUAAAUCUUACCUAAGUCACUAAUGUUUUUAUGAGCAUUUACCAUUGGGGGUAGGAGUUAGGCCACACCUGGUGGUACUCAGGUGCUAUUUGGGGCUUGUUACUUCCAGUGUCCUUGGGGGGUCCUGUGGUGCCAGAAUUAAACACAGGCUUCCUACAUUCAAAGCAUGUGCUCAGUCCUUCAGCCAUCUUUCUGGACCACUUCUACUUUUGAAAGUAGGAAAUUAAGGCUUUUAAAGUUAAAAGAGUCUUUGAAACUAAAGUUAUAAUAAUUGCAAAACAUGUAUUUAAAAUAAAAUUAAAAUAUUUUAGUGGAGAAAAA